UAUGUAUCUUUUUGCGUGCGCCGAUUCGUCGAAAAUGAAAGGAAAAACUGGUUUGAUGUUUUUAAGGAGAAUAUCAUGAAAGCCUCUUUAUUUCUGCUCGCCGUCGUAUUACUGAUUCUCUUUUAUCGACUUAUUUCAAAUAAGUUAGGAAGAGCAGAGGAAGAAAGAACUCCAACUCGUCAUAGAAUGAGGCCAUGUUCACACUCUUUCCUUUCUCCUUGUCAUGGCGAGGUAGGAGGUCCUUAUCAAUGCAAGUGGAAUAAGCCCCUGAGUGAUGGGGCUUUUGAUCUGCAAACACAUCUCUUGCAUGGGUUGAUGAACUCUAAUGGGGUUGGUCAUCUGCUCUGUAUCAAUGGAAUUGAAGGCCGGUCUAAGUAUCCAUGUGGUAGAGAAAUAAUGGAUCUUUGGGAUCGUAUCUGCACGAAUCUUCAUGCACGUACAAUUAGAGUGGAGGAUGUAUCCUAUAAGCGGUCGAUGGAUCCCCGUUUGCUCCAUGGAGUUACGUAUGGGUACCCCUGGUUUGGUAGAUGGGGGUACAGAUUCUGCUAUGGAAGCUUUGGAGUGACUAAGCAAAAUUCUGAAAGAGCAAUCGAUAUUCUCAGCGAACUCUAACUCGAUAAGAUCAUCAAAGAUUUUGCUCAUACGAAGCAAUACAGAGAUGUCAAGCAGAUAAUGAAUUCUUACAGAGAUUUGAGUGAAACUCAGUUGAUCACAAUAAGAGAUCUUCUCAGAUUCAGUCUGACUCUCAAGUCUCAAGCCCCACCGCAGAGGAAGUCAGCCACUGCUGCCACUGUAUCGUCGUCUUCUUCGAAGUCAUUGAAGAGAACAGCCCUUCAAAACAAGCCAAUAGUGAAGGAAAGACCUGUAAAGUACAAAAGAUUUGCUACUGUAGCCGCCAAUUUUGAUAGCCGAUGGUCUGUGAUAAGACUGGAAUAUGCGGCAAAGGCAAAUGUGAUUGUUAAUGCAUUGAAAAAAAAAGAAAGAAAAAAGUUUAGCCACAGUGGGAUGACUAGGCAGGAAGCUAGAGAUGCAGCUCGCCUGCACAUUGGCGAUACGUGUUUGCUGGAUUAUGUGCUUAAAUCCAUGAACAAUGUAAUUGUUGGAGCUUACAUUGUCCGUCGUGCUGUGAACCCGGGUUUGAGAAUACUCAAUCAAGGAGCUUGGGAAUGGUGUGAAGGUUGAUGAGCCGGAACCAGAAAUAGUUUCCGAUAAAUCACUACCCACACCAGCAAUAUUGCCUGGGGCUGAUGCUUACAGUGAUGUGUCCUACUUUUAUACAAAUGUUCUAUGGGGCUACCCCGAACCGGAUCUCGAUUCUGUUAAACAAAUCGCAAAGACAGAAUUCUUCGGUACGGUCGGAAUUUUUAUGUGAAUGAAGACGAAAUAAAUAUGAUUAUUGAACGAAAAAGAAAAAAUAAUAAGAAGAAUGUCUCAAUUAGAUCCAAAUCCGUUCUGGGAUCAGCACAGAAAUCGAUUGAUACCUAACUCAAUUUUCACUCCAGCAGGAAAUGAAGAAAAGGGAGCCCUUUCAAACAUACUCUUUGCGAUUCAAUCUAUCUCUUAUGUAAGACUUAAUGAAGGAUGCCUCAGUCGGAGGAGAGAGACUGACUAAGUCGAUUCUAAGAAGCAAGAAGGCACUCCUAAGCGCAGAAGGCAGUGAGCCGCCUUGAUUCAUUCUUCUUCCCAGACCGGAGAAUAGAAAUUCAUUAUGUUGAUUCACCUUUUUCAGAGCACAGGGCAGAUGGGGAAGAAUAGCUAUCUUUCGCAUCCGGUAGUUGGUCCAUUUCUUCGUAUCCCAUAUGGUGUGACAAACCAUCGCUCGAACCUGUAUUGGUCGUCAGUCCGUCGAUAGCAGUCCCCUUUUUCCUUCUCUUAGUAUAGUAUGGAGCCACUUCGGUAUAGCGUAGCGUGUCUCUCUUGCUUUCGAGCGUCCGCACGCCCUUGGAGACGGGAUGGGAUCUUAUCCUUACCGGCGCCUGUAAGGGCACCCAACCACAGCCUUAUUUUGCUUUCAAGUCCGAUCCGUUGGAGGUGGCCUCGUACUGGACAACUCGUUGCGAACCCGUUCUGGUAGGGAUCGUUGCUUCUGCGGAAGUGUAGCAUCACCUGGGAUUCUCCCCCGCCAGGCACGGAUGAUCAUUGAUGGGCAAGUGGUUUAGGCUAAAGAGCCAACAGACUUCCCGGCCCUUGACCCGAUGCAACCUUUAUCCGCAGCAACCGCAAGCUUUCUGUGAUCAUUAUAUGAAAUGACUAGUUGACUGACGCAGGAUUAGCUCCUCAAUCCUGUGGAGUGAGCCGAGUGCUUCCCUUGACAGAAGCACGAGCCUCACGUUCCUCAAUGUAGCCUAGUUCUCUCUGUAUCUUUAAGCUGGUUGACUGAAGCAGGAAGCUGUCCGUUCGGUCUUUCUUGUCCCUGGGAAGUGAGGUGAACCUCCCUAAGAGGAGCACGAACCGAACGCCUUCAAUCGUACUGUUGCUUGUCUGUGAGGCUUCGCCGACUGAGAACAUAGCCUCCCCGGCGAUUUAGGGGUUUAGUUGAUUUCUAUCUCCCUCUCUCUAUGUGUGCGGUGUCUGUUCCGUCACGAGGAAGACUGAACAUGAAAACACCUGACUCUCGAAUUCCUAGACGGCUACUCUAAGACAUAAGAUGGAAUGCUUGAUAAGCACCGCUUACAACUGAUGAUGGAGGGCUAUCACUCCUCUCAGGCAGAGAGAGAACGCACGGGCAGAACAGAAAAAGCACCGGGAACAACGACUGAAAGAGAUAGAUGCUACAAAGAAGAGAACUAUCAAAACACAGAAAGAUCUCUCUGGAAAGCUCAAUCAAAAAUUUCUAC